CAUUUAAGAAUAAGGCUCUAAUAAUUAACGUUAUUCAUGUUCUCAAAAGAGCAUUUGGUGAGUUUGUGUUUGCUUUUCUCAACCCUCAGUUCACAUAAAAACUUUUUUCUUCUUUAGAAUCCACUUUCUUUCUAGAAAAGAAACCCCUUCGUUUAUGACUUUUGUGACCCUAGUUCUUGAAGAGAGGAUUUUUCUUAUAUCACCUGCUGGAUCAUUUCUUUCUCUUCCUCCUCCCAAUAUUCCUUUCCGCCUCACCUCGUCCUGCCUCUCCAACCCUGGUCGUCUUUCUUACCCUCUCUCUGAUGACUGUGAAUAGUGCACCUACUGCUCCAAUAACGGCAGCUCCACCGAGCUCGCCUGUUCUGGGGACCGCGGAUUCUGGAAUUAAUCCCCCGACCGCGGCAAUGGCGACACUCAUUCCGGUGUCAGAAGCUUCUUCAACCGCUUACAAAGAGGCGAUCUGGGUGCCGAUCGCCUCAUACGAGGUGGCAGCACGAAAAGUAAGUAAUAUUUGAUUCAUAUAGUCACGUGUCGAAGAUUGGAUCUUAGCUAACGUCUAAUUUCAGGAGAUGAACCUGUCCCCUACCAGGGAAAGGGACCAAUUUCCUGUUGAGAGACCACUUAGCACUCAAUUUAUAAACUCCUCUUGUUCGAGCAGAGCAUACGUUCCAAUGCCAUUUAACACUCCUCGCACAGCUCUUAGACAAGAUUCCAAUCUCCCAAAAGCUUCUUCCAACAAAGGAGAAGAGAAGCUAACCUUCAAGAAGGUAGCACCUCAUCUCCAUGGUGAUGGGUUAGCCGGAAAGGCUCACCUCCGUGGAGGAGGCAUAAAGAGGCGUCGUGGUGGUGCAGCUGGCCGUUCUUUCAAGAAGUCAAAAUCUGACAAAUUUGCGGAUGUUGACCAAUUACUAUCUGACUCCAAGUCACCCAUCUUCAAAGGAGAUGCAAACAUUAAGGUAGGUAUUUCAUUUACUAGUGUCCAGUUUUGGCUAACAUUCGCCAGGCGGUUCUUACCCAUCCAAUGGCAAGGGAAACUAUGGUGGACCAAGGUGCACCAUAUCCUUUCGACCAGAUGAAUGCAAAUGAAGUUGCAACUACAGUGGCAGAUUUUAAAUCAGAUGGCACUUGCGGGAGGUUCGAUUUAGACUGGAUAGCACAAGCUAUAGAAGCAUCAAGAAUUCGCGCAUCCGGUGGUUACGAUGCAUAUUUAAACAGUCGAUUCGCAGAGAACUGGGGUGAAGAUGAUGAGGGAGUCUCGGAUGAGGAGAUGGAAGAUGUCAACGACGAAGCAAAGCAUGAGAAAGUAAAGGAGAAAGACUAAAUCGAUGAUCAUUAUCUUCCCACGCGAUGUGGACGCUUUUCCGUACUUCGAAUUUCGCCUGGUCAUUAUUCAGUCUCGCGAAUCAUCCACCAAUGUCUAUCGCAAACGGGAAUUGUCGCAUCCAUAAGCGUCUACAUUUCCAAAAUUUUCCACCUAAUCUUCCAUACGCUUUUAUACAGCGGUGCCCUCAUAUCGCAAUCUCCCGAGGUCCUUAAUGAGCAUUUUGGAACUGAGCUUCUCUACCGCCACGGCUUUCUCACACCAAAUCUACAACCGUCUUUCAAAACUCAGGGCCUCAUAUUUCGAUCUCACCUUUCAUAUUUUCAGAAAAGCAUAUUUCUUUAAAUCAUCGUUAUUAUGUCAGAUUAGAUACCCAUUCGCGUUGAUUUUAUUUUUUCAGAAGAUUCAUUUGAUGAGGAUUUCACCCAGCCCGAUUCUCGCGCUAUAUUUGGCUGGAUUCUAAAAGCUUUAUCUGAAAUUUGAUGCUGUGGAGUUCUGAAUCUAUAAAGGAAUGUCACAAACUCAUUACGGGAAGGAGCAUGCAUCAACUACGGAAAGCUCAAUGUCACUUGCAACGGCAGAGCCUGAUAGGAAUUUAGAUAAUCAAGAUCAUCA